UCGUCCUUCAGUGAAUUUAGCUGGUGUUGUUUAGGCCUGUGUUUACAUAACCUACUGUAUGUGGUCAAGUGAGAACAAUGGCACGGAGGCCUCCAAAAUGGCAACCUAAGACAAAGUGUCAGCAACGCUACGAAAAAGCGACUCAAUGCAACUAAAAGUCCUUUUAUAUUUAGUGUAAAAUGGAGGCAAAAGAGAAACGUGUCUGUGUGGCUGAUGACUCGACCAAGCUGUGUGUUUUUCAAAGCAGAUUAAAGAGCAGGACAGGAAGGGCCAGGUUUAAGGAAACAGGAAAACUGAUGCAAGGAAAUGAACGACGUCACCAGACAGCCCGCUGCAGUCUACGAUCAAGUAAAAUCCAGACACAGCGCAAGUAUGGAUUCUUUGCUCAAGUCACCAAUGAAACUUGUACUUUUGGCAGCGUGGCUCUCGAGUCUGAUGGGCCCAUGCAUCCCCUCUGACAUUUGUGUUUCUUGUCACACACUUGCAACAUGUAAGACCUUGAAUGGAUCAAACAAGGCCUGCUACUGUAAUCACGGAUACACCGGAGACGGAACGACAUUUUGCAAUGAUGAUGACGAGUGCCAGAACGUGACUAAUAUCUGUGGGGACAGGGGCCAGUGUACCAACACAGUGGGCAGCUACUAUUGCAAAUGUGUCUCUGGAUACAAUUCGACAGGACGGGACGAGUUCCUGCCCAACGAUGGCACUGACUGCAUCGAUAUUGAUGAGUGCGAGUCAGAACAGGUCUGUGGACCAAACUCAGACUGCCAUAAUACAAAUGGAUCUUUCUAUUGCACCUGUCAGCGUGAUUACAUCCCGACUUCAGGCCCUAAGCACUUUCAUCCAGCGAGCAAAGUUAGAUGUAAAGAGCAUCCCCAGAAAUACUGCCACGACAACACCGGCUGCAUGACGCAGGUUGUCAACAGAACAUUGGAAUCUAUGAGCAACCUCACGGAGCCCCAAAGUCUACUGAAAGAAAUUGCCAAGCAGACGUCUGGUGAACUUACUUCAGUGGAAGUGAUUGCAUAUGUUGAGGCCUUGAGUAGAUCCGCAUCAACACUGGGUGCCGCGGAGAAGGAUUACGCUGUCAAACCAUCUGCCAUCAACUCAACUCUUUCAAAAUUAGUAAAUGCAGUAAACAACCUGGUGGAGAAGGAUGAACUGGUGGCUUGGACCAGAAUGAAAGAAGAACGUCGUGAGCAUACCAUCACCAAGCUGCUGCAUGUUGUUGAAGAAAGCGCUCUGUCUUUGGCCAGCAAUUACAAAACUCCAACAGAGCUUGAAAUCAAAGCUACAGAAAUGGAAGUGAAACUCUUCACCUUCGAGGCUCAUCACACAAAAGCCAAACUGUCUGCUUCCAUGGGAGGAGAUCAUAUAAAUCUAACAGCAAAAGUGAGACCAGAAGAAGACCGAAAUGGAAGCGUGUCAGUGGUGUUUGUGCGAUAUGACAGCAUCAGUGACAUCCUGAAGCCGAGCAGCGACCCAGGUGUCACUGACUACUCGCGGUAUGCAGGGACGGGGGAAAUCACUGUCAACUCCCAAGUCAUUGCAGCAGCCGUCAAACCUGCUGACGUUUACCAACUUGACCAUGUCACCUUCACUCUGAGACACAGUGAGGUACAGACUGCACAGAGUGCUGAGCCCAUAGACACUAAAGCUGAUGUGACGAAGUGCGCCUUCUGGGAGUACGAGGCGGAUAGCCUGCAGGGCCGGUGGGCCACUCACGGCUGCAAGACAGUCCACGUCAACAGCAAUGCGACCACUUGCUCCUGCAAUCACCUCACACACUUUGCUAUCCUCAUGUCCUCUGGGCGAGCCAACCUGGUGGCCCACUAUACCAUCCUGACCCGGAUCACCCAGCUGGGAAUGAUCAUCUCGCUCAUCUGUUUGUUCAUGUGCAUCUUCACCUUCUGGUUCUUCAGUGAAAUUCAGAGCACCAGAACCACCAUCCACAAGAACCUGUGCUGUAGCCUCUUCAUGGCCGAAUUCAUCUUCCUGGUGGGAAUCAACAUGUACACGCAUAAGCUUUUCUGCUCUGUGAUUGCAGGGCUGCUGCACUACUUCUUCCUUGCGGCCUUUGCCUGGAUGUGCAUCGAGGGCAUCCAUCUGUACUUAAUAGUGGUUGGCGUCAUCUACAACAAAGGCUUUCUGCACCGUAACUUUUAUAUUUUCGGCUAUGGAAGCCCAGCGGUAGUGGUGGCCAUUUCUGCAACACUAGGCUCCAAGUAUUAUGGCACAGAUAAAGUGUGUUGGCUCAGCACAGAAAACCACUUCAUAUGGAGCUUCAUUGGACCUGCAUGCUUGAUCAUCCUGGUUAAUCUCUUGGCUUUUGGAGUAAUCAUCUACAAGGUAUACCGGCAUACUGCUGUGAAAAAGCCUGAAAUCAGCCACUAUGAAAACAUCAGGUCCUGUGCCCGUGGUGCCUUGGCUCUGCUGUUUGUGCUCGGUGCCACCUGGACGUUUGGAGUCUUGCACAUUCUCAAUGAGACAACCCUCACUGCCUAUUUGUUCACCAUCACCAACGCCUUCCAAGGGAUGUUCAUUUUCAUCUUCCUCUGUGUGCUGUCCAGAAAGAUUCAAGACGAAUACUACAGGCUUUUCAAAAAUGUCCCCUGUUGUUUUGAAUGCCUAAGAUGAAUUAAUGCAGCCAAAGCCAGACCAUCUGCACUUGUAUAAUAAUAGUCUAUAGUACAGCUUUUUAAUAUCCUGUGACUCAUGCUUUCACUUCUGGGAAAAAUGGUGUGGGAGGAUUUUAGUACAGAUGUCUAAUAAAUUAGAACAUGUAGCAGUGGUAGUUUCAAAAUGUCUUGUUUGCUUUUUAACAGACUGGAAUCAUAAUUAUGCAUCACACUUUUUGUCUGAUUGUUUGUUUUGUUCCAUAAAGUACAUAAAAAGCCAAACAAUUGCAUUACCUUUUACACAAAUGCAAUUCUUCUGAGAGUAACAAUAGAAUAAAAAUAGUUUGCAUAUGUUCAGUUUAAUUGAGUACCUUUACCUUUAGUGCCUUUAUAAGCAUUACACUCCAAAUAAUCAAUGCCGUGUCGGUCUUUGUUCUCGUCUUUUGUUUGAAAUUGAUUGUAAAUUAUUAAAAUAAAUGUGUCAAAGCAAAA